CCCCAAAAUCCAUAAACCAAAGGAGAAGAGAAUAAGAGAAGAGAUGGGGUUACAAGAGAAGAGAGUGAGAGCUUUGGCUCUAAUUCUGGUUUUGGUCACAGUUGCAGCUUCAAGCAUCAAUGGCCAAACCAUAUGCAAUGUCCCAAUCAGUGGCCUAAUGGCCUGCAAGCCAUCAGUGACACUUCCAAACCCAACCACUCCAUCUGGGGAUUGUUGCUCUGCACUCUCUCACGCCAAUCUGCGCUGCCUUUGCUCCUACAAGAACUCUAAGCUUUUGCCUUCUCUUGGCAUUGAUCCAAACCUCGCCAUGCAGCUACCUGCUAAGUGCAACCUUCCUCACCCACCUCGCUGCUGAGUCUCUGUAUUAUCUCAGAGAUUCUUAACUAGAUAAAUCAAUCAUCAACUCGCUAAGUUGACUUAAUAUCCAGAAUAUAUUUUGUGAUGUGAGUCUGUCUGAAGAUUUUCCUGUAAUAUAUGAUGAUAUGUACUUGUUUAAUGCUUGGUCGAAGUAAUAAGUGAUGGGAUCUGAACGCUUCACUCGAGAGUUCAGAGCCAUCCCUCAGUUUUAUUCUGUCUGCAUAUAUCUGAUGUUGUUGCAAUGUAUGAAUUAAUAGCAAACUUGUUCCCAAGGCUUCCUUUUA